AUGCAGUUGCCUCAAGGAUUCCACAGCAAGGGGGAGAAUAUAGUGUGCAAGCUUAACAAAUCCUUGUAUGGCCUUAGACAGGCAUCAAGGCAGUGGUACUCAAAAUUUUCAUCCACUAUUCUCAAAUGUGGAUUCAAACAGUCAAGGUCUGAUUACUCCCUUUUUACCAAGAAGUUCAAUCAAUCAUUCAUAGCACUUUUAGUCUAUGUGGAUGAUAUUCUUAUAGCCACCAAUGAUAUUCAAGCUGUUGAAGAGCUUAAAGUGUUCUUGGAUCAAGAAUUUAAGCUAAAGGAUCUUGGAAACUUGAAAUUCUUCCUUGGCCUUGAAAUAGCUAGAUCAGAUAAAGGCAUUUCCUUAUGUCAAAGGAAAUAUGCUUUGGAAGUGCUCAAAGAUGCAAGCAUGACAGGAUGCAAGCCUAGCAAAGUUCCUAUGGAGAAAAACUUAAAGUUGAGCAAAUACCAUGGGGAGCUAUUACCUGAUCCUGGCAUUUAUAGAAAGCUGGUUGGCAGGUUGAUAUACUUAACUAUUACCAGACCAGAUAUCACAUACUCAGUGAACAAGCUGAGUCAAUUUAUGUCAAAACCAAGAAAACCUCACUUGGAUGCAGCUUAUAAGGUGUUACAGUACAUAAAGGGAAGUCCUGGACAAGGUAUUUUGUUAUCAUCCAAUUCAGAUUUGCACUUAAAGGCAUUCACAGAUGCAGAUUGGGCAUCUUGUGUUGACACUAGAAGAUCAACCACUGGUUAUUGUGUCUUUUUGGGUAAUUCUCUGGUUUCAUGGAAGUCUAAAAAGCAAUCCAUAGUCUCUAGAUCAUCUGCAGAAGCAGAAUAUCGAGCCAUGGCAGUGACUAUGUGUGAGAUGACUUGGAUAUUAGCCUUGUUGAAAGAUUUAGAAGUUUAUCAUCCAAAGCCUGCAAUGCUGUUUUGUGAUAACCAAGCUGCUAUAUAUAUUGGUGAAAACCCUGUGUUUCAUGAGAGGACCAAACAUAUAGAAAUAGAUUGCCACUUGGUCAGAGAUAAGGUUGAGGAUAAAGUCAUCAGAUUGUUUUUCACUCCUACUCACUCACAGCUAGCUGAUCUUCUUACAAAGGCACUUAGUGGUCAACAAUUGAAGUCUUUACUUGCCAAGAUGAACAUUGUAAAUAUUCACAAUCCUGAUUGUCAUCUUGAGGGGGAGUGUCAAAAUUGUGAUUCAGAUCAGAAAGCAAGAAAAGGAACGAAGCAAAAGAAGAAAGAAGUGCAAGGAUGA